UCCAAUUAUCUUUUGGGAGGAAAAGCACCUUUUGAGACAACCACGACCUGGAUGGUUGAGAAUCCCAACGACGGAGUAAGGAAGCCCGAGGAGUAAUUUCCCCCCUUCACCAAAUUCCCCCCAGCAAGACUAAAAAUGCAUACCUAUCAUUUGCAUGUCUGUGUACAUAAACACAUAUGUACACAGACACGCAUUCAUGCGCAUGUGUAUCUAUGAGUGCUCGCGUAUUCAUACACACAUACACACAUCCCUUUUAAGAGCGUCCGCUCUGCUCUUAAGGCUAAAAUAUGCAGGUUUGUUGCUGUGACGGGAAAGAUCCAAAGGAUUUUCAAUCACGUUUUUUGCAUUGCGAAGAAAACCGAGCGGCUCAGCUACGCGCUCAACAACACCAACACCCCCCCCCCCCGCCCCACGCCUUCCACACCUGGAACGUCGCACAGGCGGGAGAAUCGCGUCCCUAAACCCCGCGAGGCGCGGGAAAGGCGGGAGCGAAGCUCCACCCACCCUUUGGCCCCCUCCUCGUUCCAAAUGGCUUAGAGCGGCCUGCCAUCAGAGAAAUUAUCCGCCCACAAACGCACGCGCGCACGCCCCCGUGUGUGGAAGGGGCAAGCGGUUAGAUUAGUGGAUUGGGGUGGAGGGAGGGAGAAGGAGCGAGUCCACGCGUGCGCUAGGAGGGAGCUGUUGGGGGGGGGGGGGGAACAGAUUAAAAAAAAGGGGGGGGAGGUGGAGAAGAAACAAAAACAAUCGCUCGAGCGCCGCCAUCUUGGCUCGCUUCUCUCCACCACGCAAGUGAAUGGGUAGCUAUGAAAUUACCACAGGGGAGCGGCAAGGUACGGAGGGCUACUCAGCGCUACCAGCUGGGCCUGUGCGACGAUAAAAGCGGCGCUUUCCCUUCCCUUCUGUUCGCCUCCGGUUUCCGCCUCCUCGAGGGAAGAAAAUCUCGGCAGGGCCCUUCCUCUUUCUCGCCGUCGGCUCUUCAACUUCGCUACGCAGAGCUCAAAGUUGGGCUUAGCUGCCUUUUCGCCGACGCCUCCGCCGGGCAAGAGACCGAAGGGUUGGAUCUCGGAGCCUCAGGCUUUUCGCAGUCUGGGAGGAAGAGUUAGGAGGAGGAGGAGAAGAAAGGCGAGGGGCUCCUCGAUCGCCUGCCUUCCCUCCCUCCGUUGUUCUCGCUGCACGGGCUGCUCUGGUCUAAACUGCAUAGGAGGCACAACGAGGGGAGAGGGAAAAGGCGAGCGAGGAUUGACCGGGCUCCGUGCCCUUACCCGCCCCAUUCUCAUCCACUCGCUGCGGGCGUGAAGAAAGGGGGGGAGGAGGAAGAGGAGAAGAAGGAAAAAAGGAGGAGAAGCAAACAAAAACCAAGUUGGACCGCGGACGACGAAAAAAAAAAGCCGCCUGCCUCCAAACCGGUGGUGGUGGGGAGGGGGGGGGGUAAACCUUGGUGGUAACGGUGAGCCGGUGAAGAUUGAGAACGGAGAGAGGGCCCGCCGACAAACGCCUCGACGAGCUCGAAGAGGGUUUUGUUGCUCGAGGAGAAAAGAUCUUAUUAAACCCGCCAGUUUGGUCGCUGCAAAAAGACCGAUAUAUACACUCCGGGCUUCUUAGAGCAUCGCUUCACCUACUUUUAAUUGAGACGUUUUAUGCUUAACUGCUUCAGGAAGCCUCUCGAGUCUUUAAUAGAUUUUUUUAAGAACCGGGGGGGGGGGGGCCGGGAGAUCACCAUUUAAGAUCUUGAAAGAGCAUCUCCCUUCCUUCCUUCCCUCAUUUUCGUGCGAUUUCAAAUACCAAAUACAAAGGCGGUUUUUAAGUGUAGUCUGGGCACUUGGAUGGGGGAGUUCAUGUAAGAGUUGGGGAGAAGCCUGAAAUCUGUCGGGCAAAUGAGAAGAAGAUCGUGAAAACAAACGGAUGGAAUAAACAAGGGGAAGCAUUUUCCUGGUUUCUAGAUAAGGACUCUCCAUUCCUUCCUUACUUGUGUGAUUUUACAGAGGACUGAUUUACCUCUUAUUUCUGCUCUUGUUUGCUCUCAGCAUUUGUUAAUAGGAAACACCAGUGUUUUACAAAUUGGUUUCCUAUUGGUUGUUACAUCGAAGGCAUAUUUAUUUUGACACUUGAAACGAAGACGAAACUGUUUCUCAUCCAGAUACUACAAAGUGUAAAAGCAGUGUGAAGACAAGAGUAUUGUUUACUAAUAUUUGUGCGCCUUGCCUGUUCCCAGGACACAUGGGAAAUACGAUUUGACACUGAAGAAAAUAUAUUGUGCUUCAGGACAAUUAAUAGUUUUAACAUUCAGCUACUUCACUGUUGAUGUUCAUCUUUUAACCUGGAUGGUUAACAUCCUCUUAUGAAUUGGAUUUUUUGCCAUUAUUAGAACAGAAGCCAAAUGAUGUGUUUCCAAAUGUACUGGAGGGUCUAUUGAAUAAGAACUAGACUAUAUUACAGAAGCUGGAUUUCAUUUUUAUGGAUUUUCCAAAUACAUUAUCACUCUGAGGAAGUGGCAGACGGAUUUUCGUGUUUAUAAGACCUCAGAAGCUGGAUAUAGUAUUUUUCCCUAUUGAUACUAACAAUUUGGAAAAUGGGAGCUGCUACAAAGCUGGUGUUUGCUGUUUUUCUUAUAUCUUGUUCUUCAGGUGCCAUACUAGGCAGAUCAGAAACACAGGAAUGCAUCUUCUACAAUGCUAAUUGGGAAAAUGAUAAGACAAAUCGUAGUGGCAUUGAACUGUGCUAUGGUGACAAAGAUAAAAGAAGACACUGCUUUGCAACAUGGAAGAAUAUCUCUGGAUCUAUUGAAAUUGUGAAAAAGGGUUGCUGGUUGGAUGAUAUUAAUUGUUAUGACAGAACUGACUGUAUAGAAAAGAAAGAUAGCCCUGAAGUGUUUUUCUGCUGCUGUGAGGGCAACAUGUGCAAUGAACAUUUUUUCUACUUUCCAGAGAUGGAGGUCACACAACCUACUUCCAAUCCUGUGACAACUAAACCACCCCUGUUUAGUACCUUGCUUUACUCUCUUGGACCUAUAAUGGGAAUAGCAGUGAUUGUACUCUUUUCGUUCUGGAUGUACAGACACCACAAAUUAGCAUAUCCUCCAGUACUUGUACCAACCCAAGACCCUGGACCACCACCUCCAUCACCAUUGAUGGGCCUAAAGCCAUUGCAGUUACUAGAGAUCAAAGCUAGAGGAAGAUUUGGCUGUGUCUGGAAAGCUCAGUUGUUAAAUGAAUACGUUGCUGUGAAAAUAUUCCCAGUGCAGGAUAAAGAAUCAUGGCAAAAUGAAUAUGAAAUAUACAGCUUGCCAGGAAUGAAGCAUGAAAAUAUACUGCAGUUCAUUGGUGCUGAGAAACGAGGCACUAGUAUUGAUGUUGACUUGUGGCUAAUAACAGCGUUUCAUGAAAAGGGUUCACUUACUGACUUCCUGAAGGCUAAUAUAGUUUCAUGGAAUGAACUCUGUCAUAUAGCUGAAACUAUGGCAAGAGGUUUGGCUUACCUUCAUGAAGAUAUCCCUGGUCUAAAAGAAGGGCAUAAACCAGCUAUAUCCCACAGGGACAUCAAGAGCAAAAAUGUGUUAUUGAAAAAUAAUCUUACGGCAUGUAUCGCUGAUUUUGGACUUGCUUUAAAAUUUGAGGCUGGGAAGUCAGCUGGUGAUACCCAUGGUCAAGUUGGUACCCGAAGAUACAUGGCUCCUGAAGUAUUAGAAGGUGCUAUAAACUUCCAGCGAGAUGCGUUUUUGAGAAUAGACAUGUAUGCAAUGGGAUUAGUACUGUGGGAAUUGGCAUCACGAUGUACAGCAUCAGAUGGACCCGUGGAUGAGUAUAUGUUACCUUUUGAGGAAGAAGUGGGUCAGCAUCCUUCUCUGGAAGAUAUGCAGGAGGUUGUGGUACAUAAAAAGAAGAGGCCUGUUCUGAGAGAGUGUUGGCAGAAACAUGCUGGAAUGGCAAUGCUCUGUGAAACAAUAGAAGAGUGUUGGGAUCAUGAUGCAGAAGCUCGAUUAUCAGCAGGCUGCGUAGAGGAAAGGAUUAUCCAAAUGAAAAGACUGACAAACAUUAUAACAACAGAAGACAUUGUGACUGUGGUCACCAUGGUGACAAAUGUGGAUUUUCCUCCCAAAGAAUCUAGUCUAUGAUAGUAGCAGUGGUCACUCUUCUUGACCAAUAAAACUCAGCACUGGAACUGCCAAGUCAACUGGCCUAUUUCUGGUCAGUCAUUUUCAGCAUGAAAUAAUGGUAAGUCUGUCUCUGAAGUGUCAGUAGGAAGAUUCCUCUUUGUUCUUCUCCAGACUUGGAUCCAGAAGACGUACUGCAUAUGCCAGAGAAAAUGGCAAGAUAAUGUUAAACGUACCUGAAGAACAUGGACCUAUCUCGGCUUGUCAGACAUUUUAAAAACUGACAUUGUAUUUCUUAACAUGUCAGACUAAUUCCUUAAAAUGAACUACUGCUAUUUUUUUUAAAUCAGACAUUUCAUUUCAGAUUUAAGAAAAAGGGUAACUUGUUUUUAUUGCAUUUGCUGUUGUGUUUAUAUAAAUGACUAUUGUAAUGCCAAUAUGACACAGCUUGUGAAUGUUUAGUGUGCUGCUGUUCUAUGUAAUCAAAGUGGGAUCUAGCAAAAAGGCUUCCAAGCAUUACUUAACCUCCCUCAACAAGGUAUACCUCAGUUCCACCUAUGCUAAAUUGAAUUGACAACACUAAUAAAACUGAAAUAAUAAAUUGAUCCAGAUUUUGUAAAUGAUGCAUUAAAAAAAAUCCAUGGUGUAUUUUUUAAAGGUUAUAAGCUGUGCUUCAUGCCAACAGGCCAUGGCCAUUCCUAAAAUGGUGUGUUAGUCUUUCCUUGUUCUAGCUUAUGUGUAAAAAAUGUAUUGCCUUUUCAACUUCGAGUUCCCCAAUUAGUUAAAAGCUUUAUCUCCAGUUCCCGAAAUAGUGUAUACAUUUAUUUUACUAAAUAUUUAGGUUUGCUGUGUCUGAUGGGAAUUUGAAAAUUUAAGCAUGAUUUUUUUAUUAUUAUUAUUAUUUUAUUGAGCUAUGGCACUGAAAAGCUCUUAACAUUAAUUCUUUCAAAGAAGCUUUUUGCUGUUUCAUGUAUAUUUUGUCUAGUGUUAUUUUCUAUUUUACUAAACACGACACAGUGGGUUGAUCCAAACAGAGACACAUGCAACAAGAUGAUGGAAGCUACCCUUCGUUCCAUUUCCCUCUCCAGCAACCCAGCCCCUGCCCCGUGCAAAAGGGGUUCAGAAACUCCUCCAGCUAUUUGGGGGUGGGGGGCUGCUGUUGGAAAGAGAUGGCAGGGGGAAUGUUUCCAACCACCCAGUGUGUGGGUCCAGCCUUGGACAUAACUCUAUUUCCACUGUGUUGUUGUUUCAGGAUCACCUCAGGAAGCUUCAUGACCUUGAACUCCACACACUUUAUAUCUGUUGCCUUUUUGUCCUUUCACAUCACUUGAUUUCUUUUUUCUUUUUUUUGUGCCGGCUUGUCAGAGGAACAUUGAUCAGUGAUACAUAGGUUUAACUUGUGGUCACAAAAAAAUUAAAAAUACAGACUUUCUUUAAAAAAAAAACUAUCACAUUUGCAGUUAUUUCAAUGGAAAUGAUAAUGUAGCAGUCUAGAGAGAGAAAACUUUGAACUACUGAAUUGAAGGAGUUAUAGGGAUUGAUGAUGUGGAGCCCAUCCAUUAAGAACACUCUAGCAAAAGGGGCAGAAAGUAGGCAGGUGCCAAAGUACUUUUAAAAGGCAGUAAUAAUACACUACGAUCAUUUGAAUAGUGUGUAUGUAUACAAGCCAAAGGGAAUUCUCAAAACGAAAGUACUGAACCAACAGUAGCCAGUAUUAUCAGAUUCUAGGCAGUUUUAUAUUUAAAUAAUACAUUAGAUUUAUAAGGGAAAAGGUGGUCAUAGUUAAGUGUUCACUGUGAAUGUCAUUUUCAAGAUUUAUGAAAUCACAGUGAGAUUUUUUUUUUUUAAGUUUGUACCGGUCUGCGAAAAUGUAGAAGAAAUAAUUAUAAACAAGAUUUUGGAUAUCAGGUUCUAAACAAAGAAAAGUAUUAGAGGAUUUCUCCUCCACAAACUGGCAUACUCUAUAGAGACAUGUUUUGGUCUCAUAGUUACCAAAUUUGAUGCCAUAAUUUGAUUAUGGAUGUUGCUGGGCAUAACUUGCUACUUUUGUUAGCAAACUCAGUAUUUGUUCUUCAGAUGUAUUUUUGAAUAAAAGAUGAUUUGCUUGAUUCUACUUGUAGGGGUUGAUUUGCAACAGCAUUAAAAUUAAUAGGACCAAUUGGCACAUAUAGUUUUUUCCCUCAAAAUGAAAAUAUUCAUACUAGGAAAAUGUAAACUUUUAUCAGUGUUCAUUUUUAAAAGCACAUGCCUACAAACAUCAUUCUUGGUGGCAAAUCUCCCACCACAGCUUUAUAGAGAGGUUUUUUUUAAAAAAAUCAAAUAGGCUUCCAUCAAUAUGACUCAAGCCAAAUAAGACCUUUUCACGUAAGUUUUUUGCAAAUGCAUUUGAAAUUGCAGAUCAUAUAGGGGAAAUAUCAAAACUGACAAUCAAGCCAGAACCAUGUCUACGUGAGAAGAUUUUUUUAAAAAAAAAUAUUUCCCAAAACUCCCCUUCCUUGCUUCCCCCUAACUAGACAUGGCUUUUCAAGAUGCCUCUCAUCAGAAAACUUUUUUUGUGGUAGAAUCUGUGAAAUUAUUAAAAUCCACCAAACUGCCAAAAAAUAAAAAUCCACCAAAAUAGUCUCACACAGAAUUGUGACUUCUUCGUUUGGAAAAUUUAAAGGUGGACGGUUCUUUCUCAAAAAUGCUUAAGCCAAGAUCUAUCCUAGGAAUUAACCCAUUAAUGUCUGAGCUAGGAAAAGUGCUCUGCUUUCUGGCAGAUAUUGUGGCUGUUGUUGCUUUUUGUACUUGAACCAUACAGCUUGUAUUGAUCUGGCCAGUUCUGGUGAUUUACCUUGUAUCUUUGACUUGUGAAGGAAAGCCCGGGCUGAGACUCGAGCUUUCAUUGUCCUUUGGUUUGCCUGUGACUACUUAGUUGGUUGCCAUAUAAUUGCCGCAGGAUUUAACUGAUCAGUUUUGUGAACAACUUUAAAGUCUAAACUUUGCAAUACCUUUUCAGUUUGUGUUAGAUGCAAAGAACUUUAUAUCACAUGAUGCAUGACUACUCUUUGUACAGUCGCUAAAUAUACCUUAGCAUUUUUGGAACAGAUUGUGCCUCGUAAUUGUUGGAGUUCUUUGACCUAGUGUUCUCAUUCAUGGUGGUAUUCUGAAAAUGCGUCUGGAUUAAAAUACACAACUUUAUACUUUCUUUGAUAGCAAAAUCCAUGUGGAGUAGCUCUUGCAUAACUAAGGUGUAAUCUGAUGUAGUAGUAAUAAAUAGUGUUCAUACUACUGUUCUACAGAAUAAAAUUGCUGAUCGUAGUUUAACAAAGUGAGGUGACUGAUUGGUUGACCUUUUUCCAAUUCUCUUUUUAAACUUUUUAAUGCAUUUUUAUUAGGAAUAUUUGGUAUAAAAUUCUGCAAGCUAUGUACAG